AUGUGCUCAUACACAUACUCGUGGUAUUACUGUAACCACGACUACUACAUCUGGGCCAACAGCAUCGAAGUCUGCUCCUCGCGCCUCCUCUCGGGCUACUCCUACGACGCCUGGUCCAUCGAUAUGUGCUCCAAGAUGAAGAUCGAAUGCGGCGGCUUCUCGAAUUACUACUGCACUGAUUGUUCGGAAGAUGUGGCGUUGGAGUUUGAGUUGGAUGAACUGUAG